AGACGGUGUUUUCCUGUCCCUGCCCAGGAUCCUGAUGGUACUGGGAGCUGGGCGAGGUCCCCUGGUUAAUGCUUCCCUCCGAGCUGCCAGACAAGCCGAUCGGAAAAUCACCGUCUACGCCAUUGAGAAAAACCUCAACGCUGUGGUGACGCUGCAGAACUGGCGCUACGAGGAGUGGGGUGACCAGGUGACGGUGGUACCAUGCGACAUGAGGGAAUGGGAGGCCCCAGUCAGGGCGGACAUCAUCGUCAGCGAGCUCCUGGGCUCCUUUGGGGACAACGAGCUGUCCCCGGAGUGUCUGGACGGGGCGCAGAGAUUCCUCAAAGGCACAUCACGGCCUGGGGUCGGGAGGGGAAGCGACCGGGGGCUAAUCCGUGCUCAACCUGGGGACUGGGCCCUUCACUGGGAACGGGAGUGGGGGGGGGUACCGAGCUAACCCAA